AUGUUUUACAUCAUUGUUGAAAGAGUCAAAUGCCUUCAUUUCUCAAGUCCUUCGGAUGACAUAUGGAAGAAAUUCUAUCCUGAUGCUAAUAUUGACGCAAAAAUUAAUUCUAGUCAAAGAGUCACUCAAGGAAAUAAUGUUUUUAUUGAUUCUGUCCUAUUCAAAGAAUUCAGUGAUACUGGCGUUAUCCAAAUAAGUACAUAUAAUCCAGAAAAUAAAGUUCUUGUUUCAAAAUCUUCAUUCAUUAAUUGUUCAAAUCGUGAUAAUGGAGGGUGCAUUCAAUAUUCAAGAUCUGGACAUAUUAUUCAAUAUAAAGUUUGUAGCUUGGAUCCUUUUUCACCUGGAGGAUCAGGAUCACAUUCAUAUAUUGAUUUGAGAGAGACAAAUGAAGGUAAAGAUUAUGUUAUUGAAUCAACAUUUGCACAAAGUUCUGGGAAAAGCGGUGCCUUUGAUCAUGAUUAUGGCUCGAUUCUACUUUCAUUAAUCAAUAUUUCUGAUUCAAAUUCAAAAAAUAAUGUGAAUUAUGUUAUUGGUUAUCCCACUACCCUUGCCACAGUGAAUUUCAGUCAGUUCAAAAACAAUACGGCAAACGUGACAUCUUGUUUUCAACAUCUAUAUAGUGAACACAAAUUUAUAUAUUGUAAUGUUGUUGAAAAUUCUAUUGAAGGUUCUGAUCCUUUAUUUUUCAUUCAACAACCUCAGUUAACGAUAAAUCGAUGUUACUUUAAAGGAAACAAAGCAUAUUAUUUUACAGAGGCAUGGGGUGGAACUGCAUAUUUAUCUGAAUCUCACUUUGAACCUGAUAACGUUUUUAGUCACACUUUAUUAAAUAGCAAUCCGAUAGAAAUGGGCCAAAUUGUUUUUGAUAACUAUUAUUCUUAUUGUUUUUAUCUAUUCUCCUUGUUAAGAAAACCAGAUAAAACUCUGGUUAUAGAUAAUCCAAAGAUUAACAUUAUCCAUCUAUACUCGAUUGUUUCACAGUUAUUAUGA